GGGACGAUAUCACGAUAUCUCUCUAAGUGGCACACACCAACCAUCGACUUCUCAUCUUCUCUUCCUUUCUCUCCGGCAUAUUCAUUUCCUCUCCCUCUGAAAAUGGCGGUGAAUUACUCAAUCGUUUCGAAUUUCAUGGUGGUAUUCAUCAUAAGCCGGUUGCUCUCCACCGUCGGCAAAUCCAAACCCCCGGCUCAUUCCCUACCCUCCAAGCUCUCCAACAUGCUCCGCACCGACCCCGACACGAUAAGCGCGGCCUCGGCCGACUUCGGCAACAUCGUCCGGGAAACACCCGCGGCCGUGCUCCACCCGUCAUGCCCCGAGGACAUCGCGGCCCUCGUGAGGUUCGUGUGCGACGGCAGUAAUCCAUCCGUCCCGUUCGCCAUCGCGGCCAGAGGGCGCGGCCACUCGGUCCGGGGCCAGGCCAUGGCUCGGGGCGGGGUCGUGGUGGACAUGACGGCGCUGGCAAGGCACCGCGGGGGAGCCGCCAUCGCCGUCUCGUGGAGUAGGCUGCUCGGGCACUAUGCCGAUGUUGGCGGCGGGCAGCUCUGGAGGGACGUGCUGGAGGAGACGCUGAGGCAUGGGCUCGCGCCGGUCUCGUGGACGGACUACCUGUACCUAACCGUGGGCGGGACACUCUCUAACGCCGGCAUAAGUGGGCAAACGUUCCGAUAUGGUCCUCAAAUCAGCAAUGUGUAUGAAAUGGACGUCAUUACUGGGACUGGGGAGCUCAUGACCUGUUCGCCCGACAAAAACCCUGAGCUGUUUUACUCUGUUCUUGGAGGUCUUGGCCAGUUCGGCAUAAUAACGAGAGCGAGGAUCGCCUUGGAUCGAGCUCCGAAGAGGGUCAAAUGGGUGAGAAUGCUUUACAGCGAUUUCUCGGCUUUUACGACAGACCAAGAACAUUUGAUUUCAAAGAACGGAAGGGACCAGGACGGUGCACUGGAUUAUGUGGAAGGGCUGCUUCUCAUGCACAAGGGUCCGCCGGAUAGUUGGAGAUCUUCUUUCUUCCCUCGGUCGGACCACCCGGGAAUCGUGUCGCUGUUGAACCGACAUAAGAUCGUCUACUGCCUCGAAGUAGCCAAGUAUUACGAUGAUCUCACCCAAAACACAGUGAACAAGGAUCUGGAGAAUUUGUUCCAAGGAUUGAGCCAUAUUCCUGAGUUCGUAUUCCAGAAAGAUGUAGCCUAUGUCGAUUUCCUCGACCGAGUACGGGAAGGAGAGCUGAAACUCACGGCGCAGGGCCUGUGGGAUGUUCCUCAUCCAUGGUUGAACUUAUUCGUGCCCAAAUCUCGCAUUUCCGAUUUCAACGACGGCGUUUUCAAGGACAUCAUCCUCGAAAGGAGCAUAACGACCGGAACUGUCCUCAUUUAUCCUAUGAAUAGAAACAAGUGGGAUGAUCGGAUGUCCGCGGUUGUACCGGACGAGGACGUAUUCUACACCGUAGGGUUUUUGCAUUCGAGCGGGUUCGAUGAUUGGCAACGAUUUGAUCUUCAAAACAAAGAGUUGCUGAGUUUUUGUGAAGACGCAGGCAUUGAGGUUAAACACUAUCUUCCAAAUUUUGGCAAUGAACAAGAAUGGACGAGACAUUUCGGGUCGAAAUGGAGGACGUUUUGCAAUAGGAAAACCCGGUUCGAUCCGAAAAUGAUAUUUUCUCCUGGGCAGAGAAUAUUCAAUCGCAACCAAAGCAUGUAGUUCCUUUUGAUUUUGUACAAACUGUUCAAAAUAAGCACAUCUUCGAAAGAUUUGCCAGAAAAUGCGACUUCUGCGACCUUAAAUGCAAAUCCCCCGGUCAAGUGCAAUUACGAUGAUUCC